AUGUUUUUUGAAAACUUUGUUUGUCUUCCCCAACAAGAUCACUAUAUUGUAAAUAGACAGAAUAAUCUAGAAAAUAGACAGCGUGAAUACAACUUUACUGUAAACAAUACUGUUUUUGGUUAUCCAGAGGUAAUCCCAGGACUCCCACCCUCUUUCAAACUUAUGGCUCCAACUUAUAUGCUACCCAAAGAAGAACAAUUAACUCAAACAUCGAUGGCUCCACAUGGUAUUGCUUUAUUAUCAACAAAUUUUCAAAGUAUUAUAAACAAAUUUGUUUCCAUGAAAAAUAAGAUUUCUCUUCAUUCCGUGGAGCAAUAUUUGAAACUUAUAGUACUUCCAAAUUAUCCACAAAUUAUCCAAAACCAAACACAAGAUCAAUUGAAUACUUUCAAUUGGUUGAGUGACGAAGAGUUUGGUAGACAAAGAAUCCAAGGAAUCAAUUCUGGUAAACUGGAACUCUUAAACUCGCUUACAAUGGCCAAUAGAAAUAUUCCAGAGAAAUUAAAUUUCACUGUCAACAAGACCAUCUUGAACCAGGUUCUCAGUGAAGCCAUCGACACAAACUUUGAUGAUGCACUCCAACGUCAAUUGCUCUAUGUCAUCGACUAUGAGAUUUUCGAAGACCAAGAGUACAUCGAUGCUGCUCUCUCCUUUGAUAGAUAUGUUUCCUCCCCAUUGGCACUGUUCUAUGUAAACCCGGAAACUGGUAAACUUUAUCCUCUUUGUAUCAAGAUUCUUCAAAAUGAUGCUGAAUCACCUGUUUUCUCGCCAAAGAGUACAUAUUAUGAGUGGGUUUUUGCCAAACUCUGGUUCCAAUCUGCCGACGGUCAAUAUAUGGAGUUCAUAACCCAUCUUUUUGAAUGCCAUCUUCUUGGUGAGGUUUUUGCUAUUGCUACUCAUCGUCAACUCUCUGAGAGCCACCCAAUUUUCCAACUUUUACAUCCACACUUUAAUCUCCUGCUCGAUAUCAACUGGAGAGCCAGAGGUGAUCUGCUCGGAAAAAACGGUCCAAUUGAUACUCUGCUUGGUCCAGGUAGUGUUGGUGCACUUAAAUUCAUUGCCAAAUUCAACAAGACUUACAAGUGGUCUGAGAAUACCUUUGUAGAGAGGAUGAAGAGAAAUAAUAUUCCAAGCGAUCUCAAGGAAAGCACCACCGUAAAGAACUAUUUCUUCCGUGAAGAUGGUCUGACUGUCUAUAACCAAGUACACCAAUUCGUAUCGAACGUGUUGAAUGUUUUCUAUAAACACCCAGAAGAUAUUGAAAGAGACUUUGAAUUGCAAGCUUGGUUCAACGAGUUGCACUCGAGCUGGGGUGGUCAAAUGCAAUCGCUAACCCAGAGUGGUAAACUUGAGACUUUGGAAGAGGUGAUCCAACUCAUUACUGACAUCAUCUUUAGAGUGUCAGUUGAGCAUUCCAUUGGUAAUCACGGUCAAUGGGAUAUGUAUGGAUUCACACCAAAUGUUCCGGGUGCUCUCUAUCUAGACCCAAGAAAAGUUAAAUCUGGAAUCGUCAUCUCCCAAGAGACUGUCAUUGACGCCUUGCCACCAAAACAUGAAACAGUCAGCCAAAUCUCAAUUACUCAUCUCCUCUCAAACACUGACACUGGUUUGCCCACCUUGAUAGCCACACCAUACAAGUUUGAAAAAGAUCCACAAUUAUCUAAAUAUGUCUAUAAACUCAGAUCAUCGCUGGAGGAUAUCAGUGAUAAAAUUCAAUUGAGAAAUCAAUUUGUCAAAAUUCCCUAUAGCUACAUCGAUCCAUCCAAAGUAUGCAGUAGUAUAUUUAUAUAA